UUACAAAAUGAAAGCCGUAAAACCUUGGGUGUUCGUGGAAGAAUAUGGCUAACUCACAUGCUAAUAACUAAGUAGCCAGCAGGCGCUGUGAUGCGGCGGUUGGAGGUUGCCUUGCGUUCCUUUCAGGCCCCGGUGAACGUCCAGGCCAGCGCCGACGGCCGGGUGUACCUGUUCCAGGACAGAGCGGAUGCCCUGGCGGGGUCAUCAUCAGAGGAAGAGGAGGAGGAGCUGCUCGUGAGGGACCUGAGGCCGAGGGGCCGAGAGUGGGCCCGGCCGGAGCGAGAGAGGGCGGGGGAUGUCCUGCUGCUGGAGCGGGACGUCACCCAUGGGGACAACCUCAACAAGCUGGCGCUGCAGUAUGGCUGCAAGGUGGCCGACAUAAAGCGAGUGAACAACCUGAUACGAGAACAGGACUUGUACGCGCUCAAGUCCAUCAGGAUACCCGUGAAGAGGCACGGACUUUUAACGGAGGCCAAUGGGGAGCUGCGGGAGCCCCAGCCAUUGACGCAGCUCCAGCCAGCCCAUAGCCCUGCCCCAGAGUCCCGCCCACAGGAGUACACCGACUUCCUCAAAGAGAUUGACCGUGAUAUCGAGAAACUGAUCCAGACGGGGGCCGCCCCAGAGGAGGGGGCGAGUGCCAAUGGCCUGGAGGGGACUCCGCGAACCCGAGGAGGGCAAAUUGGAGCUGGCUAUGGGGCAGACUGGGGCAUUCGAUGGUGGAAUGCAGUGGCGGUCAUGCUCUUAAUAGGUGUUAUUCUUCCUCUGUUUUAUGUCGUUUAUUACAAAACACAAGAUGGUGGCACGGCCGCGCUGAACCACAACAUGACCAACACCUCCCUCUCUACCUCGAACAGCACAGGGACAUAUCUCAGUACUGCAGCUCCCAGAGAGAGCUUGCCUCCAGUUGUAGGCAAACCGCUGACAUAGCCUAUGAUGGCGGAACUGAAAGGGGUGGCUUUGGAAAGGUUCUCUAGAGUGCCGCUGUGGUUUAUUUUGUCAGAGUGGGGAGGAGUCAGGAUGACAUCACAGCUGUGACUUUCCCCUGGAUUAAAUCAAAACUGAUAAGUCAUCUUAAGAGACAGUGCCAUUCAGUCAAAAAAGUCCUGUAUUAUUCACUUUACUACAUAGAGUAUUCCCUCCACUAAGUGUGCACCACUAAGUCAUCUAGUUCCAAAAAUUAUUGUAACAUGAUGGAAAUAUUGGAAGGUUUCUUUUGAUUGAAUAGCACUAUCAUUUCAUAUGAUUUGCCAGUUUUUAUUGGA